GUGCGUGUGCGUGUAUGUUUGUGCGUGUGUGUGUGUGUGUGUCUGUGUGUGCAUGUGUGUGUGUGUUCGUGUGUGCGUGUGUUGUGUGUGUGUGUGUGUGUUUGUGUGUGUGUUUGUGUGUGUGUCUCUCUUCCCCCCCCCUUUGUCGCCCCCCUCGCCCCCGGCGCGGAGCCGCCUGGCCCCCAGCCCGCCGCCACCUCCAGGGCAGCCGGCGCGCCAGCGCCCCCCCCCUCCGCCGCGCAGCGGUGUUUCCCUUUGGCCCUAGUGGGCCCCGUGUGUGUGUUCCCUCUCGUCUCUAUGUAUCUUCUCCGUAGCCGUUAGGCUUCGCGCGAGUGAGCAUGUUGUUGGUCGCAGUUCCUUGGUAUCAGAAAGUUGCCCCCUUUUCUAAUCAUUAUCUUUGGGCUCCCAGCGCCAUUCGUCCUACGGUCUGUGACAGCGGGCGUCCCCGAUCCGGGACCGAUGGGCGCGCGGCAGUCAUCGGGCGUGAAGCACGUCGUGAUGUUCGGCGUGAAGGAGCCGGCCAGCAGAGGGGAGGUCACAGUCGGCGUCGCAUCAGCAUCAUCAGCACCAGCAUCAGCAUCAGCAUCAUCAGCAGCAGCAUCAUCAGCAGCAGCAUCAUCAUCGUCGUCGUGACGUUCGGCGUGAAGGAGCCAGCCAGCAGGGGUGAGGUCACAGUUGGCGUCGCAAAAAUAGCGUGCGAUCGCUCGCGGCCGUGCCGCUGCGCUCGCUCCUGCUGCGCUCCAGCCCCAUCGCUGCCCGGGUACGCCGGCCGCCCAGCCGCCGCUGAGCAGGACGACACGACGGCGGAGCAGAUGGACGCCGUGAAGCGCUGCCUGGUGGACAUGCCCGGCAAGAUCAAGCAGAUCAAGAGCUGCGAGUACGGCGCGGACCUGAACCUUCCGAGCGGUCAGAGCCACCCCAGCGGGAAGAACCGCGCCAUCACUUUCUCCGCCACCUUCGCCUCCGAGGCCGGCUACGAGGAGUACGCAACCCACCCAGCGCACGUCGCUUGCAUCAACGAGUUCAUCAAGCCGAUUCAGAGCCAUGUUGGAUCAAGUUGGCUGCUCAUUUGCGCUGUAGCACCAUGCCGCCUCAGGUAUUCGCUGUCGGCCGCAACAACGAUGAAUUGUCGCGAUGCUCGAGCUGCAAUUCGCAACGUGUUGAAGCCAGAGGCAUUCAGGAGAUUCGCGCAUGGAUCCCCUGGGGACGGUGAUUGGUCGCAGCACCGCUUGACUUGUGGUCAGCAUGCGGGCAGGACGUACUCCGAAGUUGCAGCAGACCAAACCGCGUACUGCAAUUGGGUUCUGGAUGUUGUUCGUAAUGACGUGCAAAGCCCGCUUCGGGACUUCGCAGAUUUUCUCCAGCACUUUCACGGCUCUGUUCGGCCACGUGGUGCGGCACCAUUGCAGACAACAUGCCAAGGUGUUCAAAUGAUUCCGAAAGUCGGUUUUGGGAAGCACCGGGGCCAGGCGUACGUGAGUGUCAUGCAGGACUACCCUGACUAUUGCAAGUGGGUGGUCGCAAAUACUACUAGCAGCUCUUGUGUCGCAAUGCAGCAAUUCAGUCGGUUUUUGAUAUCAGAAAGAGCUUCAAAUGGGCAACGACAUCAGAGGACAAGAAGCCCUCAUAAAGAGCACCAGCUACACUUGGAGCUUGACCGCGAUGCUUACAUGAAUCAAUUACGAACGACGGUGUCCGCAAGCAGGGGUGGGAAAGAAGUGGUCACAUCAUUUCUUCGUAGCGUGUGCGACACUCCUUGUUUCGCACAGCUCCGGCCUUACCACUUGACGCAAACUGUGUUCGCGGCAGCGAAGGUGUUGGUAAGUUGUACUGAAAGAGACAUAUUCAACAGUUUGUCUAGGGUUGUGUUGAAGAAGAAAGAAUUGAAUCCCUGUUCACAUUGCGACUCUUGCAAAAUCGUUUGUUAA